GGUUAAGAUUGGUUUCGCUUAGUAAGUCUUACCGAGCAACUGACCACAACAAUUAACACGACUUUGUUCAGGAAAGGUUCUGAUGUGUAUACAAACCAUACAAACCGAUACAAACCAUGCGAAAAUGUUGAUGUUGAUUGUAAAAACCAUUGUUUAUGUUGACUGCUUGUGGUUUUAGGUAUAAUUGUUUCAGGAAGGAACCAGCAUCCUGUGAUCUUGGAACCACAUCAUGACUGAAGAUUUUGUUGACUCAGUUCUGCGCUGUGGCUUAUACCUUGGAGCUAUUUUCCAACUCAUAUGUAUUGCAGCUGCGGUUGUUGUGCCUGACAAAAUGGGUGACUCCAAUUCCAGCUACUGCAAGGAACUGGAGCUUAGUGACGAUGAGGGAUCUGAACACAGCACACCACAAGCCACACCUCGUCGUCCACAUGCACACCAUCGACCCAGAAAACAAGAAAAAAAGAAACGCAGAUAAUUUUUCUACCAGUUAAUGUGGUGCAGACUUUCCACUUUUUGAGUGAAAAUCAUUGGUAGAUAUGCAGUAAAGUGGAUCACCAUGUCCUGCUCUGUAACUAAAAAUAUCAAGUUUCACAGUACGUUUUAAACCUGCUAGUGUCCUUGACAUAUAUAGAGGUUAUGUACAUAACAUACUGUGUGUACCUUGCAUAUUAUAUGUACUUUGUUUUUGUAUUGUUCCCAUUAUGUUAUAGUAUUUUCUUGUCUGUAUCAGUGUAAGAUCUACUGCCACCAGGUGAAUACCAAAUUGCAGUAAAAUAAUAAUAAUAAUAAUAAUAAACUACUGUAAGGUGAGCUGGAUUGGUGUAGCUAGUAAAGUGACUAGCUGAAUGGGACAGUUACACUUUGAUUCCCAGCGGAUGUUUCUGUGAGAGAUUUGAGGUUCUCACAGGGGUGACUAUGAAGAUUAUUGUCUUCUGGGAUAUGACACUGUGUACUCUGAUAGAUUAUUAGGAACAUUUUGAAGAAAUAUACUGCCUCCAUCUUUAUGGUGAACUUUCUCUUCAUCAUCACAUUCAGAUCAGCUCUGGGACCCAGCUGGCCUCUUAAUUAAUGGGCACAAGGAACAUAUUUGUGGGAUAAAGCAACCAGAUCAUAAAACUAAUUGAUCAUCUUGAUCUAAUGCUGAGGUUUAAAAUGUAUGGAGCAUUUCUGUGAUAUCCCUUGUCUUCAUGGAAUGGAGCUUCGCACAGGAAAACAUACCUUCUACGACUGUGACAGUUUCUUACAGCAAAGAAUCAAAACUCAGAUAUAAAUUUUGGACAACUGUCACAUAAUUUUUUCCCCUGCUUUUGCAUAAUUGUUCCAGUGAUGUAUGGUCAGUCAGUAGUAACUCACCAAAUGACAUUUUCUAAUUGCAGUCUGAUGAAUGCAACAUAAUUAUAAUAAAGCUGGUACUGGGCAUAAAUAUGUUAUGCAGACUUUCAUGUUCAUAGCCAUACACGUUCCUAAUUCACAGUUUCUGUACACCUUUUCAGUGGUAUUUGUUGUCCGGUUUCUAACAAAAAUGUUAGGAACAAAUUGUAUAUUUAAAUAUGGAAGGUAUAUUUUAUUUCAUAUA